UGUUCGUGUCAAGUUCGUGCUCGGAAUCGAGCUAAUCGCGAACGAAUGUAGAUUGUAGACCUAGAAUUUUUUUAUACGUGCUCUCGUUCCACUUUUCAGUUUUCGUUAAUUCUAUUUAAUUAAUUAAUCUCUUAGUUCUGUGUUUUCCUGUGCUGUGCAUACUAAAAAAAGUGAAACAAAGGAUUAGCGUGUAAAGUGGUUGUUUUGUGAAUAUGAUGUCACAGUUAAUAAAUCCUUGAAAAAAAAAUAUGAGUGUUAGUGUCGAAGACGUGUCUAGUCCUUUAUCGGAAGGACAGAGUAGUAUUCUCGAGGCAAAUAAUGGAUCGGACGAAAGUAAAAAUGAGUCCGUCAGCACUGUUGAGGAAGGUCAGGAAAAGUCCGAAAAAUCGGAAAAUUCUGAACCUUCGACACCCAAACCACAUCCUAUGGCUUUCACGAUCGACUUUGGGGAGUCCAAGCAAGUCGACAAUCGGAGACUUGAAGAGCUAGCGAAGAAAUCUCAGGCAAGACAUCAGAGGGUACAGUCUAUGUCUGCAGGUGUAUCAAAACCUAGUCCAAUUCAGUCUCACAGGCCUCCUCUAAGCGCUAAACUGCCGCGUAAAGCCCAAGGCUACAAUUCUGAAGGGUAUUUUUCUUCCGACCAAGAGGACAGUGGAGUAUCUGGGUCUGUUAGACUUCGCAGCAGUCCGCUAGCACAAAAUGUCGAUAGGUCAACUUUCAUUAGCCCCAUCGUAAGUAGACAGAUCAAAUCGCCCGUUACCGACAUGUUGCAGCCAAAACGUACGUCCAAAAGUCCAAUAGUCGAUAGCAUAAUGUCAAGAAGUGAUUACACGCCCCGCCAAGCUCUAAACCUGCCUCUCAAAAGCUCCAACAGUUCCUAUAUUCAAAACGUCCAUAGAACAGCAAGUUACGGAAACCUAAACUGCCACAAACAUGUUAUGGCGGACAUAAUAGACCAGAGUCCCGAAGGAGUCAUGUUAACAGAUAUUUCUAGCCCAGAAUUAGAUAUCCUUACACCAGACAAUGGUCUGUCAACUCCAGAACAUUCUAAAAGUCCGUUACGUAAAUCUAGAGUACCAGAAACUCCGGAUUUAUUAUUCAAAAAAUGUCCACUGAAAUCAGAACAUUUAUACAUUGAUGAUGAAGACAAUGAUUCCAAUCCCUCGUCAACUGGCACAUAUACAAUUGAAGGUGAUAAUUACACAGAAGAGCAGAAAGCUAGAAUGAGUAUAGAUAAAGCUUUGGGUGUUGAUUUAUGUAAUGAAUCCAUAGAUGACAUGUUGAAAAAACGCUGCAGUGUCGAAAAAGAACCUGAGGUAAUCUUUGAGUACCCUAACCCACAGCGGGUAAUAACAAAAGAACCGAGGAGAGACAUAUGCUUGAGAAAUCCCUUAUCAACCAAGACUGCAGAAUUACAAAAAGUUUCUAAAGAUAAGAAUGUAUUAGAAAUAUCUUGUUGCUAUGAAUCCCCUAAUGAAAGCGACUUGGCCAUGCAAACAACGAAACAGAUAAAAUCAACAAGAAACUAUUUAGAGAAAAUUAAGAAUAGAGUGCGGACAAUAACGGAAAAGACAUUUUCUAAAUUACCGCACGAUGAGAACGUUGAUGCUGGAACCUUUACCUCAGUAACAACAUCUGGUGUACUAAGUUCUAAGUUUCCGUUUAAAGUAGAGAUGCCAAGCCGGAGGCGUUUUAGUUUAACAAAAUCGGAUGUUGAUCAAACAGACUAUGUACACAGAUUAUCAAGGGAGUCGUCAGUGCCUGUUUCGUUGCUUGGCAAAGGAGUUGAAGAUGUGACAUUUGAAAGUACUGUUCUAAAAAAUGCACAAAAAACCUUAAUAACCAACUCAGAGAUAUCACCAGACCAUGUUGUUGGAAAAUUGUCUUACUUGAGCUUAAAUAGGUGUAAGGGGGACAAGACCUGGAUACAGGAUUGGGCGGACUGUGCUAAAAAUUACAAUAAUAAUACGUUGGUUAAGGAAACUGAUUUGAGUUCAACAUUUUCUAUUGAGGAUCGCCCGCCUAUCAGCCCGAGACUUAUUCCUACUAAACCACGCAGUCCACACGGCACGCCUACAAAGAUACCCAGCCCUGUGGGAACGCUAUUACACCGAAGGACACCAGACCUAAUACCUCCACAGGACACGGAAUCCUACUUACUGAAAACCCAAAAUGCUAUCACCAACCUUCAAGCCAAGCUGCACUCUUCACGGAACGCAAACAUCGCAAAUAUGUCCACAAAUAUCACCAACAUUCCGAACGCACUCACUACAAGCCUCCUCAGCGAGAAGACCUUGGUCUCAAGAUUGCCAUUGUCACAGCUAAGUAGGUCAAACUCUCUUAACUACCGCUUAAGGAGAAAAGACACCUCGGGCGAUAGCAGUCCUUUAAGGAGUCCAGGGCAUUACGUAAUAACAGGGUCAUCGAAAACACCGGAAACUACGAAGGUUCUAAUAAACAAAGCAUCCAAAUCCUUGGACCAGGAGACAAGGAACAUACGCCACGAUUCAAACAUGAAUAGUCCAAAUUCGGAUAAAGGUUUGCUGAGCAAUAGUUCAGAUGACAAAACCCUUUCGAAUAGGCCGCAGUAUGACGUAGAGGCAAUACUUUCGCCACACAGAAAAACGCAUACGCGACACAGAUCGUUCGAUAGGAAUCCAAUUGAGAUUACGAACGAUAUGAAUUUAAACAACGCGAAUCAGAACGUAUGCCUUAAGACUGUAUUGAGAAACAACGCCUUGGAGGCCAAAACCUUUAGAAUCGACCCAACACGUUGCCAAGGUGAUAUCAAGAGAAUUCACCAAAGGGUCUACAGUGACAGGGCGAAAUUUAACGCCCCAGCUUUCGGUAGCUCCAUCAAACGCUCGAGCUCUUUCAACACGGUCAGUAGGAACAAUAAUGUAGAACCGAGAUUGGUAUCCAGAAGAUCCAGUGGGCAGUCAGAAGAGUAUAAAGAUUCUGAUGAGUCAGAUAACGGUUCGUUCGAGAAAUCUCAGGAUGCUAGGUUUAAGAGGCCCUUGCAUAGAGGAAGAGUGGAGGUUGUUCCAUCGAACUCCCCGAGAUGUCCGAACACCCCGGAAAUGCAGAGGAAGUUCGGACCGGGGUUGGUUAGGAAUUCCGUGAGGGUUACCAGCAAGGAGCGAGGUUUGAACACCAGGAUGUCAGAGCCCCCUGUGUCCAGGGAAGAUAGGAUGAAGCCAGCUAAUCAUCAGAGCAGGAGGAUCUCGGAGCCGACAAGGCAGGCGGUUUUGAGUAGACUGUCAAAAUCAAGGUCAUCCACUAGGGAGGUUCAUCCGAAGAGUCAGGAUAAAGGUCAAAAAAAGCCAAGCCAACACAGAUCGUCGUCAGCGCUCGCCUCGAAGGAAUUGGAGUUCUCCAACUGGAAGAAGAGAGCAUCUUACGAUCCGAUGAAGGCGGCGCAAGAGGGCAAGAAAAGACAGCAGGCAGUACGCAGGCCUGAUUGCAACAAGGAUGAUCUCAGCUCUCCCAGCCAUUCCUCCCCAGUUCACCGCUCUCAAUCGUUCCACACAACCAACAUGGCGGAUCUCACCCUGGACUACUCCUCCGAGGAGACGGAGGAUGACCAGCUUAUGCCGACGUUGCCGGUGGACCCCAUGAUCACGUCCACUCACUCGGACAUCCUAGACCUCAGGAAAGAUAUGCGCAGGCAGAUCAACGAUGUGGUGCUGGCGAGGGACUACGUCACCAAUUUCCACGUCAACCAACCUCCGGAGAAACUGAAGCGCACUACCAACCGUAAGCAAUACGUGGAAACGACACCGACCAAGGAGGACUACGUCGACAAGCGGAAGACGUUCAUACUCGACAGUGACACCAACUCCACCACCAACGGCAGCAGUCCGCGGAACUCCUCGAUAUUCAGCCACGAGAAGAACUCCCUCAACACCAGCGACACGGAGGACAGUGGCCCGGAGAGUGCGCCAGUGGUGAUGAGGCACGGGAAAAGGGCGCCGGUAGCGGCGAAACAGAGAUAUAGCGGAGACUACUCGAUGUCUUCAUCGACGACCUCGAUCAGCAAGAGGCCGAAAGAGAUCCAGCCUAGAUACCUGGACAUAUCGAAGUACAAGUCCGAGAACUCCCCCAAGAACUUCCUGCGCAGGGACCCGAGCAAGACCUACGUGGGCGUUUUGGGCAACACAGAGAAGCGCGAAGUCAGCAAAGGGAGCGCCCAGCACUACGAAAUGGAACAAAAGAAGCAGGAGUUAGAGAAGUGGAAAAGAAGAGCAUCGUACGAUCCGAGGAAGGCGGCCGCGCAAAGCAAGGCGAAACCCGUCCCGAAGACUGCCAGUAACGUGCUCCGCUCGCAGUCGUUCCACGGACCGGUUUUAUCGCCGAACCCGCGGUACCAGCCGCCGACGCUCAUCACGGAGACAUACGACGCGUCAAGCGAUAACGACUUUUAAUUCAAAACAAAUAGAGGCGAUUUUACGACGCCAAAUGUGAUAGUGUGAGUCUUUGUGUGUGUGGAUCUUGAUGGAACCAAAUAUUUAGAGUGUAGACGCCGCUUUAUAUGAAAUAAACGUCACUUUGACAAUGACAUAUGUCAAAUGGCGCCAAACGCUUUUUUUAAAUGUUCAUAAUAAAACGUCUAUGCUUUUAUAGCGUAUUCAAUCAAAUCUAUGUGUUAUAAAUAGAUAGAGACAUUAAAUAAAAAAUAGAGCCUAAUAUUGAACUAGGCACUGAUUAAGAAUAAAACGUCACUUUCUCUGUUACAAUUGUCUUAAAAGACGCCAUUGUUUAUUGAGUAAAAAAGGCGCUAAUCGAGAAAUGAAAUUUGGUUCGAUUUAAUGCAAUUGUUUAGUUUAAAAUAUAUUAUUUGAUAAAUGAUUGAAUAGUUGAAAGUAUAUAUAUUCUAUAGUUCUUACACAGUAUUGUACAUUUUACAUUUAUUUAAAUGAAAUGCAAGCCAUUUUGGAAAUUUCGCUUUGACAUAUGUCAGUGAGUGCCGCCAUAAAAUUCGAUCGAUUUGAUGUAUGUUUUUUUUUUAAUUAGUUUUUAAGUUUUUUUUUUUUUUUUGGUAACUUGGAGAGAUGCAAUUUUACUAUUCCCAUACAUAUUUCGCACAAUGAAGUUGUUUUUAUUUUGCGGCUUUUGUCCCUACGGAAGCACACUUAUUUUUCGUUAAACUAGUUAUAUUUUGAUUAUUAAUGUAAUACUUUUUCAAAAAGUUUUUUUUUUUUAAGAAAUCGUGUCUUCAUAAUAGACUGACAUUCAUUGUGUGUAAUGUUAGCGAUUAGUACUAAGUAAGAACUUAAGGGUUCUUUACACAUCCCGACUUCUAGAAUCCGAGAUUACCGACCCGAUUGCAUUAGAUGCAUAAUAAUAAAGUUUGCGUAUUUGGGCAAUGGAAGUGAAAACGUAGCAUAGCACUUAAUGUAUUUAUGAAAUAAAAUUUUGUAGCUCUAUAAGAACUGUCAAGUUUCUGACGUCUCAAAUGAAAUAAUAUGUGAGUGUUUCGCCUUUAAUUUCUUAUGAA